GCGCGUGUGGCCGGCUAGGCAUCGCUUCUCGGCCUUUUGGCUAAGAUCAAGUGUAGUAUCUGUUCUUAUCAGUUUAAUAUCUGAUACGUCCUCUAUCCGAGGACAAUAUAUUAAAUGGAUUUUUGGAACUAGGAGUUGGAAUAGGAGCUUGCUCCGUCCACUCCACGCAUCGACCUGGUAUUGCAGUACCUCCAGGAACGGUGCACCCCCUCGGGGGAAUAAUAAACUGUUGGAAGUUAGAAGCUUGUCUUAAUUUACGGUUUUUUGCUAACUCUCCAAACAGGUCAGGUUACUUACAACAAAUUGUGUUCCUUUUAGUUUGGAGAUUCAUGGGAUAACUUACAAGUAAGAGGAGUUGAGUGCCCAGUCUUCGUAAGUGAUAUAGGUAGCUUCUAAGUUUAUUCCAAAUGUGUGAGCGACAGUUUUGAAGCCAUGCCACAGUCACAAGAACGCUCUGAGUGUGUGCAGAUUUACGUACUUAUUUUCGUGAAGCUUUGUCGCUGUCACGGGAUCGCUCUGAGCUUGUGCAGAUUUAAUUUGUCCGGUAGGAAAAUGUAAAAACCGGGGUUGGGGAUUUAGUUCAGUGGUAGAGCGCUUGCCUAGGAAGCGCAAGGCCCUGGGUUCGGUCCCCAGCUCCGAAAAAAAGAACAAAAAAAAAAAAAAAAGAAAGAAAGAAAGAAAAAAGAAAAAGAAGAAAAAUGUAAAAACCUGCUUUAUGGGAAGUCGUGGUGGUUUGGCUCCGCCCUUUACUUGCUUGGUCCUGCCCCCUGUUCCCAGGAUUUAAAUUUCGCGGUAGUUGCUUGCGCAGGCGCAGUGAUUUUACCAUGGCGGAGUUAAUCUCUUUCGUAGUUCCCACCCAGAGCGACAAAGUUUUGUUGGUGUGGGAGUUGAGCGCUGGUCCCCCAGCCGAGGCCUUAAGUGUGAGGGUCCUCGCGGAGGGAGAGGGGGCAGGGAUAACCGGGGCACAGGAGCCGCGGGCCCCUGUGGAGGGAGGGGCACAGAGGACCGGGAGCCUGCGGGGCACCCUUAGCCACCGGCGCUUGUCUGGUCCUAAGAUGUUCUCCCAGUUUGGCCUUCUGUAUUCAGUCCGAGUCUUCCCGAAUGCUGCAGUGGCCGGUCCUGGUUUCUACGCCAUCGUCAAGUUUUACUCCUCGAGGGACGCACAGAGAGCCCAAAAGGCAUGCGACGGAAAGCCCCUUUUUCAGACAUCACCAGUGAAGGUUCGUCUUGGCACCAGACAUAAGGCACUGCAACAUCAGGCUUUUGCCUUGAAUAGCUCACGGUGCCAGGAACUGGCAAAUUACUACUUUGGCUUCAAUGGAUGGUCAAAAAGGAUCGUCAAGCUGCAGGAGCUCUCUGGAUUGGAGGAUGCAGCUCUCGCUGUGCCCAUGCAGAAGCGGAACCCCCAGUUCUUCUGUGCUGUAGAGGUGGUGCUGCCGGCCUACGGGUGCACGAGUCCUGGAGUUGGCAUCUCUGAGGAGCCUCUGCCUCAGCUGGAGGAAGGGCAGCCAUCGUUUCUUACGAAGAGGAAGACAGCGCAGAAGCUCGCCUUCCAGGCGGCUUUAUCAGACGCCUUCCAGAAGCUGACCAUCGUGGUUCUAGAAAGUGGCCGGAUCGCGGUGGAGUACAGACCCACAGAAGAGGAUCUCGAUGCCAGAAGUGAAGAAGAACUGCAGAAUUUAAUCCAGGUGGGCUGCUUUCCCUCCAGUCAGUCCAGCCAAAGGGAAGAAGAAUGUCUCUCGGACUUCAGCCUGGAGGAGGAAGACCUGAAGCUGUGUGGACUGCACUAGCCGCUCUGACUGUGCCGGGACCUGCCAUUUGACUCUGACAGACGUUAUCCAUUUCCAGUCAGUGGGUUGCUGGCAUCCCUGAAGACCCAAGUGUGAGGCCUGGAUCUUGCUAGGCUGUGUAGGAGGACGCCUUGGGAGAGGUCUAAUGGAGGCUUGAGCCCUGUCACUUCGGGGGGAAAAAGUUCCCCAUACAGAAAGGAGCUCUGUCCCACAUAAUAAAGGCUGCCUAACAAA